AUGCCAAUCAUUAUUGCAGCCGAUAACGAAUUUCAUUUGUCGCACGAAGAAGAAGAUAAAUUAAACCAAUUCAAAGCAAUAUCAGAUUUUCCCGAUGAAGACUUAUCUUUAAUUAUCAGAUUAUUAAGAAAUCAUAGUUGGAAUCUAGAAGCCGCUUUAUCCCGCUAUUUCGACGGCAAUUGGAGAGAAAAUAUGGGAUCUGUUAUCACUCCUUCACAGAAUAAUCCAUUUAUAGAUGUUUCUUUCCCUGAACCAGUGACUAAUACAUUACCGUUAUCACCACAAAUGACAACGGCAACAACAAGAAAUAAUUUCAAUACUACUGAUCCCAAUAUAUCCACUAACUAUAAUGAUAUUAAUAAUACAUCCUUUUUCCGCACCAAAAGACUGAUUCCAUCGAUACCUAUAGUCAAUAGGCUACCUGCAGACUUUAAAAGUAAAUUUCAAUUGGUUGGAUUAACUAAGGGUAAUGUUCCAUACUAUACUACAGCAACCACAACCUAUAAUAAUAGCCAAAACAUAUUUUAUUUACUAUUUCUUUUCAUCCCACAAUCUAUCUUCAAGAUAGUCUCUUUUCUUUGGUCUGUCUUAUCAAAAUUGUUUAACAAUGGUUCUGCCACAAUUGUUAAUAAACCAAAGAUUUUUAGACUGCCUAAACACCCAACUCAAAAUACAAAUCCAAUAAAAUUAUCACAAGUAUUGAUAUCCAAUGAUACUGGCACAUUAAAUACAACGUUAAUGAAACAAAAAUUAACUAAAUUAAAUGACUUACUUGGUAAUAUAGAUAACAACCGCGACUAUAAUGACAGAAUACCAUUUAACGACAUGUUGGACAUCUGUGAAAAGGAAUUCAAGUUUUUGUUAGUGAUUCUAUUGGGUGAUCUUGAUAUGGAAUCCAGAGAUACUAAUAAAUUUGAUACCAAUUCGCAAAAAUUCUUGUCUCAUGUAUUAUUAGAUGACGGAGUAAUGAAAAUCCUACAUGAUUAUAAAGAUGAUUUACUUGUGUAUAUGGGUUCGGUAACCGAGAUUGAACCAUGGUUAGUGGCUAGGAAUUUAAAUGUUAAAUAUACUCCAGAAUGCUUUAUGAUUGGUAAUGUACUUAAUUCAAACAACUCAGUGAAUGGAACUUUAAGGUUAAGUGUUUUAAGUAAGUUAAAGAUUACAUCACCUAGAAGGUUACAAAAUUCCUUGAAAUUGGUAUUUGAUAGGUAUAAUGCGGAACUAGUGGUUGGUAGGAAUGAAAUGGAAGAGUUAAAGAUGUCUAGAGAAAUCAAACAGUUACAGGAGCAAGCAUAUCAAGAAUCCUUGUUGAAGGAUCAAUUAAAGGAAGAAGCCAAACAAUUAAAACUACAAGAAGCAAAACAAAAACAAAUGGAGGAAAUAAAUAGACUGAAUCAAUUAAAAAUUAAAGAAACUUAUAAAUCAUUAAAGUGGUUAUCUAACUGUAUUAAUAUCUUCAAAGAUGAAUUAUCGAAAGUCUCUAUGAAUCAAGAAAGUCAUGAUUGUAAGAAAAAAAAAUUGGCCACAUUGCAAUUUAGAACUUCGAAGGGUACUAGAUUUAUUAAAAAAUUCGAUGAAGCUACAUCCUUAUAUUCCAUCUAUAUAAAUAUUGGAUGUCACUUAUUUUUACAAACUGAUUCAUUAAACAUCGAUUCAUGGAAGCAAAGUAUAUUGGAUAAAAUAAAAAAGUUAAAAAGUGAUGAAUCAUUACUAUGUUUUAAGGGUGCUGCUUCCAUGGUAGGAGGAGAAAAUAUUGAUGUUGCAGAAUUAGAAACAUUAGUUCAAGAAGAGUUAAUGAAAUUUAAAAAUAUAGAAGGGCAAAACAGACUAAAUCGUGAUAUUAAGAACAAUCAGUCUUUUGAAUUAGAGUUUAACUUUGAACUAGUGUCUCCAUUUCCAAGGUAUCAGGUGCCAAUAGAAAAAACAGUGACUGUUAAAGAAAUCCCUCAGUUAUGGCCAAAUGGGAGUCUUUUAAUAGAAGAAAUUAUUAAUGAAGAAGAAACUUCUGAAGAAGGAUCGGAAUAUGACGAAGAAGAAUAA